AUGGCUAAAACUUCGCUUUAUCAAGUAUUUGUUCUUGUUUUGCUCUGUUUCACGGCCAAAGCCUGGUGGCCUUUCGAGUCUGGGAAAGUGGCAGACCCGCCAACCGAAGUAAAAAACGAGAACGGCGAGAAAACGGGCGAGUUCUUGCGAAAUAGUCCGGUGCCGUUUGAAAUGUCGGUCGCGGAGCAGAGGUUCUUGGCCGAAGCUCAACGAUACAUGGGCGAUAUGUCCGCUCUAGAUCAAUGCCAUCAAGUGGUAAGUAUAUUGACUGUGUUCCAUUGGAAAACACUUAACAAACGGCGGCUUGUAUCCAAAGAUUAUAUAAGAGCUAAAACACAGAAUAAGCUUUGCUGCAAGCAUACAGAGUGAAACCAAAUCAUUGUCUCUCCCAAAACACAUGUGUCGCGCACCGGACAAAUAGUAGAGACCUUACGAUUUUAGGACGGCAACGCGACGACCACGGCCAAAACAAACUCCUUCAAAUAAAUGGUAGUAAAGAAAAUUCGUCGUACAUUAUCAAUCGUAUGAAUUGAAUACAGUUUUAGAAGUUGAAGACAUGGGUUUUAUGUUUGGGAAGAGUUCUGCUGAACCCAGUUUGAAGUUGCACUUGUUGCGGCUUGAAAUGCAGGCGUUGUAUCAAGACGUGAAAUCUGUGAUUUGGUGUUGUAAGCAGAGCGAGAACAAUGUCUAAAUUAUUCAUAUAUUGUAAUUAUUCAAUUCGACAGCGGACAUACUGAAUAAUAAUACAAAAAUAUAAAUAUGAAUAUAGAGAAACUAUUUACAAAUUAUCAUGUUCUUUUAUCAGCUUUUUUGCCUUUUCACAUUAGCGGAUAAAUUAUUCCAAAGAAAUGCGGCACUGUUGUGACCGAAACGUCUCUUUUUCGACUCAGUUUUAGGCACCAUUUCGUAAAUUGUACGAAAUAGGGCAAUUUGUCAUUUUCGAAAACUAUCCACUUGCAUGGGUGCAGUUAAAUUGUUUCAAUAUUUUAUAUACUUAGACCCCGUUUACGCGGUACCGUACGUACGGAUUUGGGACCGAACUGAAAUUCGUCCUUUUUCGCCUGUUUACACGCGAAUUCAUCCUGUUAGGGGGUCUCAGAUUCGUCCGGUUCCGCGAAAAAGGAUGAAUUUCAGCCAGGUUUCAAAUUCGUCAGGUUCCAUGUAAACGGGGUCCAAGACCAAUUUUAAAUAAUCGCGUCUUUUUUUUAAGACCUCCCAAUUGAGAGUUUCGAAAACGUCCGCUGUCCUCUUAACAUGAGUUGCAACCAAGAUCACUCCUGCUGCCUGGGAUAGAUUUCUUUGUAACUCUUUUUCAGUUGUUUCCCACAGUUUCGUCCUCGAGAAUCAGAUGAGGAACUUCUAAUAUUUUUUCCAUUUUAGAUCAUCACUCGUUUAAGAAAAUCGUGUCACGAGCUUGGCGAGGAAGAAAUUGGCAAGCUAUCUGUGUCGUUGUUUAACUGUCAGUCGAAAGCUGAAGGAAGAGCUUUGUUUUACUGCUCCGAAGAAAUGGUGAGUUUAGAAUAUUCUCCGAACCGAGUUAGCGUUACCAAUUUUCGUCAUUUUGAUAUCUGGCAAAAACAGAACCCAGAUAUUCCACGUUAUUUAGAUAGUUAGACCGCUGUUGUAUUUGAGCAUGAAAAUUUCAAUUAGCAGUUUUCUUCUCUGAAGUUUCGAAAUAAACAGACGUGCAGAAAUACAUAAACUAAAACAUCGGGUUAAAUUUUAACCCAGGAUUAGCGCUAAUCUGGCUUUAACCUAGGUUUAAGUUUAUCGACUUUCAAACAAACAACUCCUAGCUAGGGUUCAUUUUUACCAAACUGCACUACAUUUUUAUUAAACUGAAACGGGAACUGCUUCAGCAAUUUCUAGAUAGUUAGCCUAAGGGCAUGUUUUUCUGUUGUCGUUGUCGUUGUUAAUAUUGUCGUUGAUGUUGUUAUUGUUGUUUUUGCCGUCGUUGUUGAUGAUGUUGAUCUACGUUGUAUGCUUUGUCAAGAAUUUGAUGUUGUGUUUGUGUAUAAAGUAAUUGCGUGAUCUUAUUAUAUGAAUUUAGGAUCUGAUGUAUAAUUAUAGUAAUUAUUUGAUAUGUAUAUAUAUUUUUGUCACUGAAAAGCCCCUUUAGGGGAGUGUCAAUCAAGUCAACCAAUCAAUCAAUCAAUCAAUCAAACUGCAGAUAGCAAGAUGAAAAAUUGAUGACGCUAACAGACUUUUUGUCGCUUUGAAUUUUCCGAGUAUGGCUUGCUUUAAUUGCGCAUGUGUAACUGCUCUUUUAAUCACACUCGUUCAACAUUUUUUCAGAGUCUUCGAGAUUGUACCUCGGGGAUGGACCCCGAUGCAUGGAAUGCAUACCACAUCAUCAGUAACCGAGCCAGAUCUGUUUGUUAUGCAACCAGAAAUCAACAGUUUCGAUUGAAAACUGAGUAUCUUGUGAAUCAACUCGCAGUUACUGCGGAUGGCCAAAUGGACUUUCUUGAGAAGCUUAAGGUAUAGCAACCAAACCUAUUAAAAUUAAAACUUGCUUUUAUUUAAACUGGGUAAACUGUUCUUCUUAGAGGUCCAGUAAGGAUUAUCCCUUAUUGAUCCAGUAUUACUACAGGAGGAAACCUAAACUAAACUAACUUUAUUUAUACUGAAUAGCUCUAUCGGUUCUAAACUGUUCUUCCUAGAGGUCCAGUAAGGAUCAUCUCUUAUUGAUCCAGUGUUACUACAGGAGGAAACCUAAACUGAACUAACUUUAUUUAUACUGGAUAGCUCUAUCAGUUCUAAACUGUUUUUUCUAUAGAGGUCCAUUAAGAAUCAUCUCUUAUUGAUUCAGUGUUACUACAGGAGGAAACCUAAACUAUUUCUAAACUGUUCUUCCUAGAGGUCUAGGAAGGAUCAUCUCUUAUGAUCCAGAGUUUUAUUUUUCUACAGGAGGAAAACUAAACUAACUACGUUAUUUAUACUGGAUAGCUCUAUCUGCAGUUCUAAACUGUUCUUCCUAGUGGUCCAGUAAUGACCAUCUCGGAUUACCAUGUCUGCAUGUAUAUAGGUUAACAAAUAUCAUGAUUUUCCAGAUCGGUCAAGAAAAUUUGAACGGUGUAACGAAAGGGACACUGAAUAGAUUAACAAGCGGUCACAGAGAUCUUAUUAAAGAACAAGUCCGGAUUCGAAACGAGUUUGGAAACGUUAAUAAGGACCUGACGGCGAAAAUGAAUGAAAAUAUGGUAGCUCUGGAUUAUGAAAAAAGAAUUAUUAAGGAAGCUGAACAACAACUUUCUUCCAUGACAGAGGCCAUUGCUACAACGUUAGGUAAGGAGUAAUACGAGCUCACGUGGUUUAUAUCUUAACUACAUGAAAAAGAUUAACCCAUUGUUCGCCAUUGCUCUCCCUUUCGCGACUAAAUAAAAUUCAUUGUGAGUCUGGCAACCGACAACGACGAUGGCACAUAUAUACAAAACGAAAGUACUUAUACUUUUGUAUUCGCGCCAAACAUAAGCGUAUGCGCCUGGGGGGGGGGGACACCCCCCAAAAAUUUUUUACGAUCGGAUAGAAAUCCAUGCGUCAUUCGGGCAAAACAUAAAAAUUUCGGAAAAAUUAUGUUAUGUCCGGAAAAUUUUUGGUAUGUGUGCGAAAAUUACGGGAUAUAAGGUUUACAGGUAUAAACUAUUAUAAGCUGGCCGUUGAGAAAGAUCGUGACUCUAUUUUUACGCCCAUAUGGAAACCAGACUUUAGAAAUCACCCUGGAACAAAAAAGUUAUGAAGAUUAUCUCUGAGAUAGAUUUUUUAAAUGCAAGAAAUGCCACUGUACUUCUAUUGUCUUUAGUUUCAAAACAUUUUGUCAGUCCCUGUGGCAUUUAUAGUUCAUAUUUGGCUGGAGAAAAUCGAGAAGGGAAACGCUCGAGUCAAGUGAGCCCUCUUGGGAAGGUUUGAAGUGUGCUGUGCUGUGCUGUGCUGUGCUGUUAUGUUACUACCUUAAAAAACAAGUGGAAACUCGACGUUUCGGGCGAAGGCCCUUCGUCAAGAGUUAGUCGUGUGCCACUUUUCUUCUGGUAAUUUUUUCGAAAUUCUUUUAUUCGCUCUAGGAAACACGACCGCGGAACUGCGAGAACAAGACGAGAAAAGAAAGGAAGAACAUGCGGCGGUAGUAGAGGAUCUUGAGGAGAUCAAGGCGAAGACUGUGGAUACCUGGGGAUAUAUUGGUAUGUUAAAUAUACAUUUAAAAGACAGCAUGAAACCGCGAAUCAUAAUGAGGAAAGAACAAUCGUUUUCUGUUCUUUCCACGUUGUUCCCGCAUAAUUCAAUAUCAGUGAACUCAAUGUUUUUAACACUAAAAAUGUUAACAAAAUUGGACCUAUUCCCUAAUGAACAAAAUUUUGAUCUAGACAAAUCUAGACAAAAAUUUCAUCACAGUUUGAACAUGGAUAAUAAAAUAAAGUGGAAAAUAUAGCAAAACAACAAAUAUGCCGAGAACUUUGGUAACAUUCGCAAUACGCGUGACGUCACGUUUUUCAACAAGGAUGCAGUCAAUGACGUCAGAAGUUUCCAAUCCAUUUAUUUUAUUAUCCAUGGUUUGAAAGAGCAUCACAAAAUUAGUAAUAUUUCGAAGUUUCGUUGGGAAAUGUUCUAAAAUACGGAUAAUAUUAUACCAUUAUUAUAAUGUAGCCCUGCGAAGUUUGUUUUCAGUCAUUUUGUAUUAUGCGCGGGAAAUUGAUACCUUUUUUCAGAAAGCGGUAUCAAUUUCCCGUGCGUAAUACAAAAUGACUGAAAAACGGCAAACUUCGCAGGGCUAUAUUAUCCGCAUUUGACAACAUUUCGGAAUAUUACUAAUUUUGUGAUGCUCUUUCAAGCUGUGAUGAAGAUUGUCUAGAUCAAAAUUUUGUUCAUUAGGGAAUAGGUCCAUUGAUUUUCCUUGUUAUUUUUUUUCUAUUAAAAGGAUUGUAAUGGGUCUUAAAGGCUGAACUGUGCCUUUAACUGAUAACAAAAUAUGUGGUAGAUUCCUGCUUUACUAUAUAUGCUCAUGAUAACAUUUUUUCACAACAGACGAAAAGACGAGCGCGAUUCGUGAACGCCAAGAUGAAACUUUAGAUCAUCAUGAGAAUAUCAUAGAAAAUUUACACCGAUUGAAUGACACCAUUGGAUUCAUUAUAAAAGUAAGUAGACGAAAUUCUGUUCUACAAAAUGGCUGGUAUUCGUAUUCAUAUACCUGGAAAUCUGAAUCCAUGCAAGUUUUUUGCUUGAGUAAUUUUGUUUUAUUUUUUUGUUCAAUUUACGUGGGCGUGUCAACAAGUUGUGACAAUGCUGUUAAUUUGUCAAGCUGCUACAAGAUUGUCACUCGCUUGUUGACAAAUUGUUGAAUUGCACGAUAACAAGUUGUUGGAAAAACUUGUAACACAAGUCUGUUGAGUUCAACAAUUUUGUGGCAAGUUGUCAACAAGCCGUUAACAACUUGUCAACAAGCUGGGAACAAGCAGUGCGAACACAUUCUGUUGACAACGCACAAGUUGUUACAGGUCUGCAAACAAGUUGUUACAAAUCUGCUCGCAAGUUGUCGACAAGUUGUCUUCGCACUACUUGUUCCCAGUUGUUGUAACAAGUUUGGGACAAGCUGUUAACAACUUGUAACAAGCUUGAUAACAUUAUCAGACUUGUCAUAAGGUUGUUCUAACAAGUUUGAUACAGAUAUACAACAAGAAUGUUACAAGGUUGACGAUACAAGGUUGUAACAAUAUUGUUAUAUCACGGCUGUAUCGGACUUGUUGGAACAACCUUGCAACACGUCUGAUAACAUGUUACAAACUUGUUGACAACUUGGGACAAGCAGUGCGAACACAACUUGUUGACGGCUUGUUGGCAGACGUGCUACAAGAUGUGAGACUUUUGCGUGUGUGCAAGUCCUCUGCAGGUUUGUUACAACUUGUGCGUUUCUAAGUGUGUGGGUGGUACAGUAUUUAAAAAGCCUUUCUAAUCCUCAAUUCUUACCCAGUCUAUUAAAGAUUUUGAAGCAAGAUUCGACGUCCGCCUAUCCUGGUUGGCCAGUCAGUUCGGGGGCGCUGAGAACCGGCUUGGUUGCCUAACCACGUGUUUCGGUCAUUUUCUGUUCUUCGUCGCCAUGACGAUGUUCGUGCUGUUCAUCAAUGGUCCUACUAUAUCCCGCGUGUUCACUCUUAUCCUCGUACCAUUCAACGCUUGGGUUGAAAUCAAGCUCAUGGCGGGAAUGUCGUAUAUGACGAUGACCAUGCUGAUAUUAGCUGUCGUCAUUGGUGAGUGCUAA